AUGGAACCCACCGAAAGCACCAAGCGCCCCCUCUCCCCCACUCCUCAAAAUGAGGCUCCCGAAGCCAAGAGGCCGCACCUCGAAGCCAAGCCCCAGCAGAGCGUCGAAAUCGAUCCCGAGGAAGCCAUGUUCAACGCCGACAACGCUGGAGGUAACACCAAGAACAAGAACAACAACAAGGGCUCGAGGGGAGGGAAGCGUGCGAAUACAAAGGUGCAGAAGAAGAGGGAUGAGACGCGGGAGAAGAAGAAUCUGUCGUCGGAUGGACGGGUGCAGCGAGCUUGGGAGCCUAGAGAGGUUAAGGAGGGAGAGACGAAGGAGGUCAAGCUGCCCAAGAAGAGAUGUGCUUUGCUUAUUGGAUACUGUGGUACUGGAUACCAUGGAAUGCAAAUACAAGACCACACGGCACGCACGAUCGAAGGCGAGAUCUUUGCUGCCCUCGUCAAAGCCGGCGCCGUCUCCUCCGACAACGCCGUCGACGCUCGUAAAGUCGACAUUGCCAGAGCCGCCCGUACCGAUGCCGGUGUCCACGCCGCCGGCAACGUCAUUUCCAUCAAGAUGAUCACCGAACCCCCUCUUCCCGAAGGUUACAAGACCAUCGCCGAAUACGUCAACACCUUCCUGCCCCCCCAAAUCAGGAUGUGGGGCUGGGUAAGGACUGUCAAGUCUUUCAACGCCCGAACGGCCGCCGACUCGCGUAUAUACGAGUACCUCCUGCCCUCUUACUGUCUCUUGCCGCCGAACAAGGAUGAUCAGCUGGCGCAGAGGCUGAAUGAGACAAGUCCCGGGUGGAGGGAUGUGGUUGGGGAGGAGGCGUGCGCGUUUGCGGAUGCUAGGUUGCCCAUGCCUACGAGCGAGGAGGGUGAGGUGGACCCCAAGGUCAGGGGAGAGUUUGAGAGGAAGAGGGGGUAUAGGGUGGAUGAGAAGACUCUGAACAGGUUCAGGGACAUUGUCGCUUUGUACAAGGGAACCCACAACUUCCACAACUACACCGUGGGCAAGCCUUUCAACGACCGAGCGGUCAAGCGAUUCAUGAUCAAGCUGGAAGUCAAGGACCCCAAGGUCUACGGCGACAUCGAGUGGAUCUCUGUCCAGAUCCACGGCCAGAGUUUCAUGCUCCACCAAAUCCGAAAGAUGAUCUCGAUGGCAAUGCUCGCCUGUCGAUCCGGUUCCCCACCUUCCCUCCUCCCCGAAACAUUCGGCCCCAAAAAGAUCCACAUCCCCAAAGCCCCUCCCCUCGGUCUCUUGCUCGAAGCGCCCCAAUUCGGCGUUUACAACGACAGGAUCGAUAAGAAGAUGCACGGUAUCACCGAAGACAGGGAUCCGGUAAACUUUGGGCUGUAUGCGGAGGAGAUUUAUGCUUUCAAGGUCAAGUGGAUUUAUGAGAUGUUGAGGCAGGAGGAAUUGGAGAAGAAUGUGUUCCACAAGUGGAUGCAGAUGAUGGACAACAUCAGGAACAACACUCUGGGUUACCUCAACAUCAAGGGUGUCAUUCCCGAAGAAGCCACCGCCGAAGCGCUCGAUGCCGAGGGCAAACGCAAGAAGGAAGAGGAAGCCGGAGCUACCAAGGAUGGAGCUGACGCAAAGUUGGAAGAGGAGAUUGAGAGUGAUGAUGAGGUCGACCAGGAGGCGUUGAAGAGGGGUGAUUUGGAGGGUUAG